AUGGGACGAGUCACUGCAAGAGCGUGGAGCCUAUGCGCAUUGUCAACUUGUCUAUUCGCGACCCUCACCUGGGCUACACAAGCAACCGUCGCAGUACUAAACGGCACAUACGAAGGCCUACAUCUCCCCUCCUUCAACCAAGAUAUCUUCCUCGGGAUUCCGUAUGCGCAAGAUACAGGCGGUCAGAAUCGCUUCCGCAUCCCUCAAUCGCUGAACACGACUUGGAAUGGCACACGCUCGGCGAAACAGUAUGGUCACUCAUGUCCUGACCCGCAGCCCGAAAGAGAUGGCGAGUUUGGCAUGAGUGAGGACUGUCUGAGCAUCAAUGUAGUUCGCCCGAUUGGCAACUAUAGCGAACUCCCCGUAGUAACUUGGAUCCACGGUGGGAGUUACCAGGUUGGCACGAGUGCGUUGCCGAAUUACAACUUGACGUACAUUGUGCAGAGGAGUGUUGAAAUUGGGAAACCGAUUAUCGCGACGAGUAUCAACUACCGAAAAGGCGGAUGGGGCAUGAUGUACUCGCGAGAAAUCCAAGGGAGCGGAAACACCAACCUCGCGCUUCGGGACAUGCGAAAAGGACUCUCAUGGAUCCAAGAGAACAUCGGCGCAUUCGGCGGCAACAAAGACAGCGUGACAAUCUGGGGCGAGUCAGCAGGCAGCUUCGCCGUCGGCCAACUUCUCCUCUCGUACGGCGGCCGUACCGACUCCCUCUUCCACCGCAGCAUCCAAGAAUCUGGGUCGGCAGCAACUGCCUGGUAUAACGGCACAGACUGGUACCAGCCCAUCUACGACGCCAUUGUGACGAGCACAAACUGCACCGACGAGCCCGACACCCUCGCCUGUCUACGCACAGUACCUUACGACACACUACUGCCUUUUCUCGCGCAGCCCAUUCAAGGCCCUGGCUGGUACCCCACUGUGGACGGGGACAUCAUACCUGCGUAUCCCACACAGCUCCUGCACUCCGGCGCCUUCGCCCACGUCCCGCAUCUGUACGGCUCAAACUCGGACGAAGGAACGGACAACGCGCCCGCGGGCGGCGUCAUAAACACCGACAAGCAACUCUGGGACUACAUCAAGGGUAGCACGGGGUUCGGCUUCCCCGACGCAGUCGUCGACAGGAUACUGGCGCUAUAUCCCAACAAUCCCGCUCAGGGCAUCCCGCUGAAUACGGGCGUGGAGAUCUUCGCCGAACAGGGCCUGCAGUAUAAACGCAUUGCUGCGAUCAUGGGCGAUGCGUUUUACCAUGCUACGCGCUUGGAUGACGCGAGGCAGUAUGCCAAGUAUGCGCCGACGUAUGUGUACCGGUUUAACACGCGGCCAUGGGAGAGCGGAGGAAAUUCCUCAGAGGGAGGGCUGGCGCCGGCGUAUAAGGGCGUGCAGCACUUUAGUGAGGUGGCGUUUGUGUUUGCGAAUCCCGAGUUCGUGGGGCCUUGGAAAGAGUACAAGAGUCUGAGUGAUGAGAUGAGCGCUCAGUGGAUUCACUUCAUUAAUGGGGGUGAUCCGAAUGGCGAUGAGCUGCCGGGGUGGCCUGUGUACAACGCAAGCGCGAAUGGGUUCGAUCUGGUUAUUCAGGCAGAUGGUAGGGGGUAUAAUGGCAGCUAUGUGGAGGAGGAUACAUGGAGAUUGGAAGGGAGAGAGUAUUUGAUAGAGUGGGCGAGGCGGAGGCAUGUGUGAGGCUGAAUUUAACGACGGAAACGCGUUCGUACCUGAAGAGGACGUCACAGAAUGACAUGCUCUCCAAGCUGCCUUGGCACC